UAUUCCUAAAUUCGUAUUUUGUUAUAAUAUCAUGAUUUAAAUAGUAUACACACAUUAUAGUUAACGUCAUUCCAUCAUUUCCAUCGUCGUCCGUCGGUCGACGUCAGUCGGUACUCACUGCCACUUGUCACGUGCCGCACAUUUGCCGUUUGCUCUAUUUACGUCUCCGUAGAAAAUUCGAAAUGUCAACCGAGAUGUUGCCGCAAGAUAGUGCCGUGGCCGACCACCUGUUGCCGCGUUGGUGACAUUUUCAUCGUCCGUUAUUCUCACCUCAAAUUUCUGGACUAAGUGAAACACUUGACAACUCAACACUCCUCUUAGUAGUCCUAACUGACUCGUCGCCCACGGUUUGACCGUUGCACCCGUUUUCCGAUUACAUAAAAUCGAAAAUGGCUUGCUUCGGAUUUGACCGUGACGCGCCCGAAGUGCCUGGACAAAUCCGUGUCAGGGGGUGUACGGACAUAGUAUGGCUGUGCGCGUUUUUGGUUCUCUGGUGUCUGAUGAUAUUUAUAGCUGUGUUUGCUUUUAUCUACGGUGACCCCCUGCGUUUGAUUAACGGUCAUGACAGUUUUGGUAACACUUGCGGUUCUUCUGGUAAUCCCAAAAUGGGCAAACUCUCUAACUUGGAUACUACAGAUAAAAAAUUCCUAUUCUAUUUAGAUCCAGUCAACAUUGAACAUAGUAUGCAAAUAUGCGUUAAGCAAUGUCCAGAUAGAAAUAUAUUAGCUUUGGAAGACCUUCAGGAUUUUUAUAACCGAACUGAAUCAUUACUUUGCAGCUAUAAUUUCGACUUGAACAAUUUCACUACCGAUGAAGCGCUUUACAAGUCUAAUAUUUUCACUACAUCUUUGGGGCCUUGUCCCCCAUUUCCAGUUUACAAAAGUCAUCAUGUAUUGAAUAGAUGUGUUCCUGAAGAAUUGAACAAUCAAACAUUGCCUCUGAUUUAUAAUAUUUAUAGUAUGAUGAAUGAUUGGGAUUUCACAGAAGAAAUAUUGAAUGAUUUGUACAAAACUUGGCCACAAAUGUUGUAUUUCACUAUAUUAGCUUUUGUGUUGACGUUCAUCAUCAUUUUACUAAUUCAUUUUCUUACAAAAAUUGUAGCCUAUAUAUUAUUAAUUGGUGUCAGCUUGAUGGUUCUAGUAAAUGUGUUUUUACUUUGGUGGGAAUAUUUUACUUUGAAAAUGCGCCUAGACAACACUAUUGAGGCACAGACAUUAAGUGCUGAUGCUUGCAACGAACAUACUUUUCUAAUACUUUCCAUUCUUUUUACAUUAUUUUCGGUUAUUAUACUUUUGUUGGUUUUGGCUAUGCGUAAGCGAUUGAAUUUUUUGUCCACUUUGUUUCACGAGUCUGCUGAUUGUCUGUCUAAACUUCCAGCCUUAUAUUGGCAACCUAUGUGUACAUUUGCUGUGCUGCUUGGUUUGUAUGCAUUUUGGACUGCUGUGAUCCUUCAUUUAGCCACAGCAAAUUAUCCUGGUACCAGAUCACUAAAAUUAGUAACAGAUUUUGUGGAGAAAAACACGACAACCAAUGAUUCAUUGGUGUCGGAAGAGUCUGAGAAACAUUUUAUGCCAUUCAUCAAUGCUGUAGAGUUUAAAGAUGCUACUUGGGUACGUUAUAUGUGGUGGGUAUAUUUAAUUGGCCUGAUAUGGUCAUCUGAAUUUAUAUUAGCAUGUCAACAUAUGAUUAUUUCUGGAGCAGUAGCAAAAUGGUAUUUCACUAAUGGAAAAAAUAAAAAAUCUGUUGUCCUUUCUUCAAUUUAUAAUUUGACAUUCUACCAUUUGGGCUCUAUUGCUCUCGGAUCUCUGUUAAUCAUUCUAUUUAAAAUUCCCAGGCUUAUAUUGACAACAUGUCAUUCUAAAAGCAAUUCAACAAAAACAGAUAACCAUUGUAUAAAAAAGACAUGCACUUGUUGUACAUAUUCCUUUAACAAUUUUUUCAAGUAUAUCAAUCAUAAUGCAUAUACCAUAGUAUCAAUGGAAGGAAUAGGAUUUUGUUUAGCUGCUUCGAGGGCUUGGCAUGUUAUUGUUGGUAACGCUUUGAGAUUGGGUUCAAUAAACAGUAUUGGUGACUUCAUAUUAUUCCUGGCCAAGUGUUUGGUCACUCUAAUUAUUGGUUCUCUGGCAUUGUUUACAUUACGAUCAAACCAAGAAUUGCAUUUUCAUGCUAUACCAAUCAUCAUUAUAUGUAUAUUUACAUUUUUUGUUGCUCACUGUGUCAUUUCAUUACACGAGGUGGUAAUAGAUACAUUAUUUUUGUGUGUAUGUGAAGACAAAAACAUUAAUGGAGAGAUGUGGCACAAGAGUCCAAUAAUAAAACUAUCUAAGUCUAAAAAGCCAAUUGUAAAAAAUUCUACCAACACACAAAUUGUAAAAACCAACACAUAGGUUGUUUUAGCUUUUAAGCAGUUUACAUUUUUUCCUAUGAUUCUAACAUUCUUUGUCUUAUUUAUAGUCAAUAAUUAUUUUAUAUUAACUGACAUAUAUAUAUAUAUUUAUUAACUUACAUUAAGUUGCUUACUAUUCUAAUGAGUACUGUGCAAUAUGUAUGUCCUAUUAUUUAAAAAAAACUUGUUAAUGCGUUUAAAUAUAUAAUGAUACUUUUAAGAUAGACUAUAUUAUACAUUUGUUGAAACUUGACAUUUUAUUUUAUUUUAUAGUAUUUAUGUGUUUAUAUAUUUAGACUAUUGCUGGUUUGCAUGAACAAUUGAUUUGAUUAAUGUAAUGGCUGAAUACAAUUUGAUAGACUAAUAAUUAACCAUUAAUUCAUGUUUAAGGGACCAUUACUUCACCAUUGAUUCAUUAAAUACCUGUACGGAAUGGAUAAUGUUUUUAAAUAUUUAUGUAUGUAUUAUCUCGAAUAUUUUUAUAUUUUAAUAGAUACAACUUUUAUUUUGAUGGAAUAUGGAUAUUUAAUUUAAAUAACAAUUGUC